GGUAAAAUAUCGAAACGAGCGAGUAAGGGAUUACGGGUCUAAUUCUUGUGCUGUUCGCAAAGUUUUUAAUUCAAAGCAAAGCUUCUGACCCUGCUGUUGCAAGAACGGACAUACAUUCGCGACCAGUCGUUGUUGUAUGGCAAGGACACGAGCGUGCAUUUUUUCGGUUGUCGGUUUUGUUUUCCUUGGUCAGGACGGCUAUACAGCCGACGUCCAGCGGGCACUUGCAAACGGUUAAUGAAAGUUUCGUUUCAACGAUUGUGAGUUUUAACGUGGCUCCGCUGCUGAUUGCAACACUGAUUUUGUUUUCAUAGAAAAAGCUGAUGCUUUAAAGGCAAAAUCAGAAAAAAAAUCAAAGUGGCAAAACUCCCUUGAUAUGCUGGGUUUUGUUGGCUGAGCUCGUUGUGUAGCGCGAUUCAGUCUGUCGUUGACUUGCGUUCGUGUUGUGUGCGUGGCGCAGCGGAGAACGAGUGCCGGGAGUACGUUGAAACGGGUUUUCUGUGUUCGCUCGGUAGCAUACAAAUAUUCUGCCAGUGAUUUAAGCUGUGUGUUGUGAAUAAAAGAAAAUAAAAUCCAGCCAGAAAUGAAAGAAAAUUGAGAAAAGUGCAAGAAAUCGCAAAAGUCAUCAAUUGUGUGCUGCAUAUUGAGAAUAAAAAGAAAAUGUUAAGUGCAAUGUGAAAGUGAAGAAAACAUGUUUACAACAACAACCAUAAAUAACAACAAAAAUAUUUAAAUAUAAAAAGUGGGUGCAAAAGUAUUUUAAGCUGCGCAAAACGUGUAUGUGUGUGUAUAUUUAUGUGUUUAAUGUGAAAAGUAUGCAACAGUAGUAAUGCUAUCAACGGCAACAAUCAUAUAAAUGUUGUUGGUAUUAAGUCAUUAAAAUAUUAUCGCACAAGUAUUAUUGAGUUUACGAGUCGAGUUGUUUGCCAGGCAGAGUAAAGAACGUGCCAAAACAAAGCUGAGCUCUGCGGAUUCCCGUGUAGCUGCGGAAAGUGCAUUUGCGCCCGCGCGAGUCUGUGCUUAUAAGUGUUAGUGUGUGUGUGUUCGUCGUUAAGCACUCGUGUGAAUUAUGGCAAAACUAGACGCCGUUGUUGCUGAAUAAAUGGGUAUCGGGUAGCAAAAGAAAAAUACAAAAAAUGAAAAAGGAAAUAAAAAACAAAUACAACAAUAAAUUAUAGCUAGUCAUAAAACGCGGCAAUAAUUAGCUAAUUGCGAGCCAGACAGCUAUACCGGCGAAUAUUUAGCCGAAGCUGUAGUACAUAGCUGUAAGGACUCGCACAAGAAUAGCAGCAAUAAUAAAAUAGCUUGCCUUGCACAAAUUCAUAUGUAGCGUUGAGCAUGCUAACAACAACAGAAGUAAAAGCAAAAUCUGAUAGCGAAGUAACGAGUCAAAUUGGUCCCGCGAACAUGACCGAGGUCCCUACAAACGUUGCGAAAAUAAGAAAAACAAAUGCGUCAAGUUGCAUCAGCAACAGCAGAAGCAGUGGCAACAAUAACAGCGAUACAUUGAAACAAACAUCAGCAAUGGCAACAAAAACAGUAGUGAGGAGUAAGACAAAAGCUCCGCGUUGGCGUUGUGCUAUGCUGCUGAUAAAUGCAGACAAAAAUAAAAACAAUAAUAUAAAUUAUAAAAACAACAAUAGUUACCAUCGGCAACAAGCUGUUGCUGCUUCUUCUUCUUUGCCUUCGUCUACUGCUUCUCGAGUUGCUGUACGUUUUAGUCGAACACCAUUCUUAUCAACAUCAUCAUCGUCAUUACCAUCGUCGUCCUGGCUAUAUUACCUGGGGCUAUGGAUUGCAAUUUCGUUAUUGGUAUUUGUGCAGUGUGUGCCAUCGCCCUCGUCAGCAUUGACCGCUUCCUUAACGGGAAGCUCGUCCGGCAACUCGGCGUCUUCCAGUGCCAUGCAAUCACCACAAAAGCGAGGUAAGUGCACGUACAGUUCGUAACAGUUGGUAGCCGGUAGCCUCUGAUACAAACUUUUUGCAAUGAGCGAAUGGCUGCGU